AUGAACACACUCCGGAUAGCUUCGCAAUUAUGUCGGCCCAAAUUGUCCUCGUCAGUGUCAGUUCCGACAAGGCUGGCGCCCAUCAUCAAUACUCGCUGGAGCUCACACUCGCCUCUCGGUACAACUUUCACAACAAGAAAGCCUGUCACCAUCAACACCAUCCAGAGUCUAUACCGUAAGAAAGAACCGAUUACUGUUCUCACUGCCCACGACUUCCCAAGUGCACAUAUCGCCGACCAUGCUGGAAUGGACAUCAUCCUCGUUGGUGAUAGUCUUGCCAUGGUCGCUAUGGGUAUGGACGACACGAGCGAAGUGUUGCUCGAUGAGAUGAUUCUGCACUGCAAAUCAGUAGCACGAGCUACUAAAGGUGCUUUCACAGUUGGAGACCUACCGAUGGGUAGCUACGAGAUUUCUCCCGAGCAAGCUCUUGCUUCCGCCAUCCGGGUAAUCAAAGAAGGCCGUGUUAAGGCGGUCAAGCUUGAAGGCGGAAAAGAUAUGGCACCGACUAUAGCCAAGAUCACCGGAGCCGGUAUCCCUGUGCUGGCUCACGUUGGCCUUACGCCCCAGCGACAGAAUGCUCUGGGUGGCUUCCGCGUCCAAGGCAAGACCACCUCUUCAGCAAUGAAAUUCCUUGAGGAUGCACUUGCGGUACAGGAGGCUGGUGCAUUCGCCACAGUUAUUGAAGCAGUACCCUCAGAGGUUGCUGAACUGGUGACGAAGAAGCUCAGCAUUCCCACCAUUGGCAUCGGGGCGGGCAACGGCUGCUCAGGUCAGGUCCUAGUUCAAGUUGACAUGCUCGGCAACUUUCCGCCAGGUCGUUUCCUGCCGAAGUUUGUCAAGAAGUUUGGAAAUGUGUGGGAGGAAUCGCUCAAGGCCAUUGAGCAGUACAAGACAGAAGUGAAGAGCCGAGCUUAUCCUGCCCCGGAACAUACGUAUCCUAUGCCAAGGGAGGUUUUUGAAGACUUUGAAAAGGCCGUGAACGAAAGAGAGUGA